UCUCAGUAAAAAUAUUUCUGGACAAAUGAAUCGGACGUCCCUUGUUAUAACGCUGAUUCCCGAUCCCCACUAAUCUCCCCAUAUCCGUUCUGUAACUUUUAUGCUGCCGAUGCUAACCGUAACAGUACUCCUCUUUCUUGAUACAAGUCCUAAUUCUCCCUUUCUGAAAACCCUAACUCGAAGCUAUCUCUUUCUUCGAAAUUGUCGAUAGCAUGCAGAUUUCGAUUUUAAAUUUGCUUUUCGUCCUAAAGUGUCAAAUCUGUCUGCUUUAAGUUUUCUGGAAAUGAAGUUAGGGACGAUCAAGGUUGGUCUUGCUUUGAUAUUCUAGUGACUGUUUUAUUAUCUAGGUUUUAGGGCUCUAAACAUGUCAGGAAAUUCGAGGGACCGAGUAACGAUUACGCUUGGGCGCAGCGGCCAGGUGGUAAAGAGGGCUGUCUCUGAUGUUGAUUAUUCUAAUUCUAUGCCCAAUUCUGGAAGUAAGCGAUCCCUAAGAGAGAGACUGGGAAGUAAUUUGGAUGAUUCGUUGGCUCGUGGAAACCAAAUCAGCAACAAACGUCAUAGAGGAGAUGGUAGUUUGAUGAGUUGGAAUGGUAAAGGUGGGGAUGAACGCAUUGGUAAAGAUGACCUCCGCUUCAAGCUAAUGCAAAAGAAUGUGUUUAGACGAGGUCACACUGAUGAUGAUGACCAGAAGAUUGACCUUCGUGAAAAGCUUUCUAGGAUACAACACCCAUCAAACAAUCUUGAUACACGGAAGAGCAUGCCUGAGUCAAGGGAGACUAGUAUCAUGGGGAGAAUCCCCGAGUCAAGGGAGACCAGUAUCAUUGGGAGAAUCCCUGAGUCAAGGGAAACCAGUAUCAUGGGUAGAAUACCUCCCAGAAGAAGUGCAGAUGAUUUACCUCGGAUGGACUCAUCUAGGAACUCUUACCCUGUUUGGACUCUAGAUCAUUUACGACAAAGAUCCUCUGAUCAAAUUGUAGGUACUUCUAGAGGUCUAUCACCUCCAAGGAGCGUGGAAGACCUACGGAGAAGACCAAGCAGGGCAUAUGAUGAUGUUAGAGCAGUUCCAUAUAUGAGGAAAGAUAUUAUUGAUGCCCCAAGGCCAGUGAAUUCUUCAGCUUUGUUGACAAAACCUACAAUGCCUAUGGUAUCUCAAAAGCCUGCAGCACCACCUAUAGGACAACUUCCUCAACCAAGCAGUGCAGUACAGAAAAUUUCAUACACGGUUGAUGAACAACAUACUGUUGAUGGCUUGUUACAUACACUAGGAUUGGGAAAAUAUGCCAUUCUUUUCAAGGCGGAAGAAGUGGAUAUGACUGCAUUGAAGCAGAUGGGGGAAAAUGAUCUCAAAGAGCUGGGAAUACCUAUGGGUCCAAGAAAGAAAAUUCUUCUUGCUCUCUUGCCUCGUUCCAAGCGACAGCCUUGACAGAUCUAUAUUACCAUGCGGGGGAUUAUUAGUUUUCUUCUUAGGCAGGACCUCAUUUUGAAGAAACAUUUCUUGAUAGUUAUACUACAUGUAUUCUCGAUCCUUCAUUGGUUGGAUCUGAACCAUGAACCGGCCAUCGCAUGUUUUAAUCCAAGAAUGAUUAUAGUGGUUAAUCAGAAGAUCAUGGCCAAAAAUUUUCAGAGGCAGAAUAUGCUCCCUUUACUGUUAAUUUUUCAGAUGCAGAAUUGCCUUGUAAUGCUGUCAGUCUUUUCUUCACUUUUUGUAUGUGCUAUGUAUGGAUCCCA